AUGAAAACGGAGAGAGUCGUAGUAAAGGCUAAAAAACUAUCCACAUCAUCACAUGAAAUCAAAAGUGCUGAAAAUAUGCCUCUUCCUGACGUUGUCAUUCCAACUCUGGGCGAAAAUGUUCCAUCAGAACAACAACAACCACCACUUAUAACAGUUCCAUCAUUAGAAGAACAAGGUGAUGAUAACACCAAACAAUCUGCCUACGACCAUAUUGAAAUAAUUCGUCGUGGUUUUGGUGAAAACAGUGGUUUCGAUUCAUCCGGUCAACAAAUAGUCUCGAAUCUUCAAGGAAUGAUCGGACGAAGUUUAAAGAAACUCUCAAAUGAUCUUUACUCUAACCAAUCACAUUUUGUCCUAGAGCUUAUUCAAAAUGCUGAUGAUAAUCAAUACUCAUUAUCAACUCAAUUACCCACACUUCGUUUUGUUGUUACUCAACAACAAAUUACCAUUCUCAACAACGAAAUUGGUUUUAAACCCGAAGAUAUUGCUGCUUUGUGUAACAUUGGUAAGCUACCUAAAGAGUCAUCAAAUUUAAUAAGAAAUAUAUUUUAG